AUGGGGGCGGUGGCCGCUUCCGAGCAGAGGGCGAAGAAAACGAUGAAGGAAGCAUUAGAGGAGAUAGAGCCGCUCCCCUGGAGGAUGUCCGAACUGCUGCAGUACCAUAGCGGGCGGCGCCUCAGUGCUGCCGAUGACCGAAUAUUACAGAUUUUCCGGCUCGUUGUGGUCGAGCUGAGAGACAUCGCAGCAUCACUGGACCAGCUUCUGCCACUGCUGGAUCUCAGACCGUACCAUGUCGAGAACUAUGAGCUGUGGCUGCUCAAGUUGAGGAAUCUGGCUCGAUAUAUCGGGAACCACCUCGAUAAGUACGAGCGUUUCAUCACAAGAAAAGAACAGGAAACGUAUGUGCGAACUGCCUGCUUCCGUUGUGAUUCAGAGUUCCGGUUACCGCAUCCGGAUGUAACGCGACUCAUCGAGGAAGAGCUUUCCUGGAUCAACGGACAACCUUACAGGUACGAGCAUCUUAUGUUGGCCGGAGAUGACGAUAGUAUCCCCUUAAGUGGGAUGCCGCAGCUGCAACCCUACGCGACGGAGGCCGGGACCGUUGCACGCGGGGACCUUCUUGUUGGCAUCGAGAGCACCAGAAAGAAGCUGCUCAGGUGGUUCACGCCCGCCCAGGAAGACAACAUGGCUCUCAGUAUCGUGUCCAUGGUUGGACCCGCUGGGGUGGGGAAAACGGCUCUUGCCAAUGAGCUCUACCGACACCUCCAACAAAUCGGAGGUGAUGGACCCUACUUCGAGUGCUACGCUUUGGCCAAUGUGUCCCCGAGGCCUUGCAUCAAGGUGCUUCUGAGACACAUUCUCUGCCAGAUCGACAAACAAGCAGCUAUAGCACCAGCGUCGAUAUCCACGGGGACAUCCGAAAUCACCAUGUCAGAAGACGGCGAGGACCAGGAUGAGCAGGAGCUGGUUCGCAACAUUGAUCAGUACCUUCAAGACCGCAGGUACCUCAUCGUAAUUGACGAUCUUUGGAAAGAAUCCGAUUGGGAUAUCAUCAGCAGUGCUUUGCCACGUAAUAACAGAGGAAGUCGGAUAAUAGUAACUACACGAAUCAGGAGCGUGGCUUGGUACACAUGUUGUUCCAAUGGUCUGAUGCAUGAGGUUAAGCCUCUUAACGAGCUAGAUUCACAAAUGCUUCUGUUGCAAAGUGUUUUCGGCUCCAAGAACUAUUUGUGGCCAGACAAUUUGAAGCAAUCUCGUGAUGAAAUUUUGAGACGCUGUCAAGGUAUACCAUUCUUCAUAUCUGGUAUGGCUGACUGGUUGAGAGAACAAGAGGUCCAGAAAUUCUAUAGCAACGGUAGCCUGGACUGCCUGGUAGAAGAAGUUCCCCAAUUUCCCAGACUGCUCAAGCAAUUCGAACAAACAUUGUAUCCUACUUAUGAUGAUCUUCCAUACUGGUCGAAAGUAUUGCUGCUAUACAUGAGCAUGUUUCCUGAGGGUUAUAUGUUUAACAAGGAUAGUCUCAUUCGGAAAUGGAUCGCCAAAGGGCUGAGUGGUUCGUAUGAAGAAGCAGAGGCGUGUUUCUCCAUGCUUAUCGACAGGAACGUCGUCACGCGAGCAAUAAACAUUUGGGAGCCCACCACUCAAGUGGAGGAAAAUUGCCGUUGGCAAGUAAAUUAUUUCAUGCUGCAGUUCCUGGCUUACAGAUUGGAUGACAAGGGCUUUGCUUGUGCCAGCGGCAUGCGCUGCGCUUCUCCAGAAGCAAUGGGAAACAAGAAACUGCGGUGGUUGUCUGUAAACCAGCCUGACCGGGAGCUCGAAAUGCUUCUGAGUAGAAGAAGCAACCUUUCUCACUUCCACAACGCUCGUUCGUUAUCUAUAUCUGGUGCGGUGGACGACCUACUAUUCCCUCUUGAUAAGUUUAUCUAUCUGGUGGUGUUGGACCUUGAAGGUUGGCAGUGCUUCAAGGACGAAGACAUGUUGUUGAUAUGCAGCAGCAGGAUGCUCCUUCUCCGUUAUCUGAGCGUGAAGAAUACAAGAGUCCGCAAGCUCCCUGCCAAGAUCAAGGAGCUGCGCAGUUUGGAAACGUUGGACAUGAGCCACACAGAGGUCAGUGAGCUCCCAUCAGAAGCGUGCGAGCUGUCACGGUUGGAGAUGCUGGACCUAAGGAGCACGCCAGUCAGGCAGCUGCCGGAACAAAUCCGGAAGAUGCGGUCGAUGAGGCAUCUGCUCAUUGGCGAUUAUGGAGAUGGCCGCAACGGUGGAACGACAAUUCCCGAUGGGAUUGGGUGUCUCUUGGAUCUUCGUACUCUAGCAACCGUUCAUCUAAGCGUAUGCUCCGCAAGACUCGUAGAGGCGCUUGGUGGAAUGGAGAAACUAACAGAGUUGGCCAUAACAUGGUCUUUUCACCAGUGCUCCAACAGAAGAUACCAAGAAGCUCUGCACUGUUCCUUCCAAAAAUGGCGGGGGCUCAAGUCUCUGUCGAUCCAUGGCGGACAAGGUUCUUGCGUUGAGUUCCUAGAUUCUCUGCCUGAUCAAGGUCGGUCCAAUGAUCUUGAGAAAUUCAAGGUGACGGGUGGUGGAAGGUUCGUCAGGCUUCCACAAUGGUUCCAGGGGCUCGAUUGCCUUGCUUUUGUGGAGAUCACGGUUUUGAGGCUAGUGACAGAAGAUCUGAGUAUCCUAACGAACUUGCCGAGCUUGGAGCACCUUUCGCUCGGUCUGGACUUCCUCCCAGAGGAAGCAAUAGUGAUUGGCAGGGCUGGGUUCCGCAAGCUUGAGAGGUUGUGCAUUGGCUGCCGAUUCCCAUGGCUCACUUUCAGCCAAGGUGCCAUGCAGAGGUUAAGAUAUCUCGAGAUGAAGAUUGGCGGACACCCAGUGAGUCGAUCAGGCAGCGUUCUUGCGGGUAUCAACAACCUCUGCUCCGUGUCGGAGGUGUCCAUCCAUUACAACGUACGCUACAGCAACAACCGUGGUGUCAUCUUGACGAUUGAGACGGUGAGGAAGGAAGUAGCUGAGCAUCUGAACCCGAUCAGCGUAUUUGUCAACGGCAUACAAGAUCAAGAUGAGAAUUUUGAGGCAGUUGCAGGGAUCAGUGGCGAUGGGGGUGUUGAAGGGUUGCAUUAG